AGGUCUCGCACCGCAACCAUGGCGGAUGUCAUGGAGUUGCCCAGGUCGCGUGUCAACGCCAGCAUGCUAGCUCAGUUCAUCGACCGGCCGGUCUGCUUCGUAGGGAGGCUGGAAAAGAUUCAUCCCACUGGAAAAAUGUUUAUUCUUUCAGAUGGAGAAGGCAAAAAUGGAACCAUUGAGUUGAUGGAGCCCCUUGAUGAAGAAAUCUCUGGAAUCGUGGAAGUAGUUGGAAGAGUAACGGCCAAGGCAACCAUUAUGUGUGCAUCAUAUGUCCAGUUUAAAGAAGAUAACCAUCCUUUUGAUCUUGGACUAUACAAUGAAGCUGUGAAAAUUACCCAUGAGUUCCCUCAGUUUUUUCCUUUGGGGGUUGUACAAUAUGAUUGAUCUUGAUGAACACAUUGAAGACUGUCAUAGGAAGCCCCUGAUAUUUGAGGGGGAGACUUCUGUGAUUUUUCAUAUUUAAUUUGUUCUCCUUUUAAUUUCAUUUACCUAACCUUAUUAGAUACUGCAAUAUCCCACUUUUGAUGGAACCUGUCUGUAUACUGAAAGUUAAGUGCUUAUAAAGAACACUUCUGUAUAUGGUCAGAUCAGAAGCAAGAACAAAGCAGUUGCCUUGAGUUAUUUUUCUGUUUUAUUAAUAAAGGCUGAAAUGGGAAAAAAAAAAGAAA